AUGAACCGCAGCGGCCACCAGGGUAGCCAACAGCAGCAGUUUCCGAGCCGUGCAAAGCCACAAAAGUACGACAAGAACAAGUUUUUGCAGGCCAACUUCCGCUUCCUGGUUUCAGACGCUGUGGAUGUAUCAGCCUACGAGGCCGAUGCGGACAAGAUGUUCGACUGGGAUGACGUCCUGCAGGCGAGUAGGAACCCCCCGUUAUGUCCGCAGAUCACCCCGUGCGGCCACGUGUUUUCCUUCCCCGCUAUUAUGCACCACCUCAUGAACCACGGAGGAGAGCAGCUCAGGCGCUCUGCUCCCUGCCCGCUGUGCUUUGCGCCCGUCGUGGCCCGAGAGCUCCGCCUGGUGCGUGUUCGGCAUGUCGUACAACCACGCGCCGGCGACCAGCUGACGCUGGCGCUCAUCCGGCGCACCCGGACCAGCAUCAUUCCGCAACCGGUGGAUCCACCGGCGGCAGCCGCUGCUGCUGCUGCUGCCACCACAGCCGCCACCAAGCCGGUGUCCGUGUUUGACCGGAAUCCUUUCGCCAAGUUUGUAGUGGGCGGCGAGGCCAGCGAUCUGUGGCGCGCGGCUGCUGAGCAACUGGCCGUCUGCGCAACGGAGUUGGUCGCGGAAGGCGGCAUUGAUGCGGCGCUAGAGGCGCCGUAUGUGUACGGCGCUCUUGACCAACUGGCUGCGCGUGCGCGGCGCUGGGCCGAGCAUCGCGCCGAGUGUCUUGCGGCGCGAGGGUUGCUGGUGUCCAGGGAGGGGCCGGGUGCGGCGCCGGAGGCGCUGGGGGCUGCUGCGGAGGCGGCCGUUAAGAAGAUGUUCACGGCUGCUGUAGGCGACGCGACAGCUGCACGUGAGGAAGCCGUACUGCGUGCUGAGAUGGACCAGCGGUUUCCCUCCCUUGCGCCGCGGCCGCCACCACCACCGGUAGGUGCGGCGAGCACAGGUCCCGGGGGGGAGGUUCCGGCCGCCAGCCCUCGCGCCGCUGCAGCCGGUGCCGUCAAGGCCGGGCCACCCGUCAGCGGCACCGCCGGCACCAUAGCUGCGGCGGCUCCUCUGCCUGCCAUGACGGCAGCGGCGGCGGCGGCGGAAUCGCCGCCGCCGCUAUCCCUGCAGGAGCCGCAGCUUACAUUCGACGCGGUGUUCUCGGAGGAUGAGACGGACGAGCAGGCAGCAGAGGGUGGCAGCAGCGCUGCUGCUGCUGCUGGCCCGCCGCAUGCACAGCCUUCCUCCCCAACUGCGCUGGGCUUGGUGACCCCACCUGAAUUGAUGAUGCAAGCCGCACCUGGAAGUGGCAGCCCGCCGUUGGCGGGCGCCCUCGCCAUCGGCGGCCCCUCUCCAGCUUCCUCUGCUGGCGCUGAGCUGCUGGGCAGCUCCCCCACCACGCGCCUGAACACACCCGGCACGCAGGGCGAAUUCUACACCUACCAGGCCGCUGACGGCAGCUGGGUGUUCCUCAACCCUCUGAACUUGAGGUGUUUGCUGCACGCGUACGGUUCGUACGAUUCUUGUCCGCCUGUCAUCACUGCGCGGCUGCUGGAGUUGGAGGAUGUUGUGCAGGCGGAAGCGACCAGGCGCCGCUGGCGCUUCCUGUCGCACCUGCCACUGGCGGGCGCGUUUAAGUUGUGCGAGGUGGCAAUGACGGACCUGCUCCCGCAGGAGGCACUUGCGCCGUUUGCCGACGAGCUGGCGGCACGGGAGAAGCGCCGGCGGCGGCAGCGCGCUGAUGAGCGCCGGCAGGCGGCGGCGGAGGCCGCGGCAGCUGCGCGUGCAGCGGCGGCGCGGCUGGGGCCAAGCGCUGAGGAGCUGCAGGCGAUGCCGUCCCUGAAUCAGGCUGUCGGUCUUGGCGCCGGUGGAGCUGCAGCGGCGGCGGCUAUUGGUGGCAGCAACGGGGGUGGCGGCAGUGGUAGCGGUUUGAUUGCCGCUGCGGGUGCAGCUGCGGCAGCGCUAGCACGAGAGAUCCAGCUCUCUCCAACGGAGGUGGCGGAGAGCAUUGCGCUGCAGGCCUCCCUAGAUGAAGCGGCGGCAGCGACGGCGUCGCCGGGACCGCCUAACGGCGGCGGCAGCGGUGUAUCGUUCGCGCACAUUACCAAGAUGGGUUUCGCCGCCACUGGACCAGCCUUGGGCAGCAGCCCGCCGUCCGGUAGCAUCGCGGCUGCGGUGCCGUCAGGUGCAUGGGGCGCCAGGUCGACCACCGCCGGCAGUAGCAGUAGCUCCGGAGCCAGCGCUGGCGCGCCUCCUCUGAGCAAUCCGUGGGGCGGUGCAACCGCCGCCGCCACCGCUAGCGCCGUAUCUUGGGGUCCUUGGGGUGCCGGUAAGGGCGCGGCGACCAUCAAGGCAGCCGCCACAGCGGCGGCUGUGGUGGGACCAGGUAAAUCCCCUGCUGUCGCACCAGACGGCAGUGGGGAGGGUGCGGCCGCGCCCGGUGGCGGCAGCGCUAAGAAGGGCAAAUCAGGAAAAGGUACGCUGCUAUUCAGCACGGGCAAUCAACGCAAGUACUGACUACUGAUUGAGUUGAGGCCGCAGUGCGGAUGGCGGUCUGAGGCAAUCUGGGGCCGUGCCAUGGACCGUCGCGAUGCGAGAUGGUGCGGGUGCUCGCAUUUGAGAGCAGCUCUGGCCCAUCACGGAUAUAUAUACUCUAGCGACGGGAUCCGCCUUGAUAGGCCGCUUUCGUCGUUCCUUAGCACUUAGCAGUUAGCACUCUUGUCUCCUUAUGCAUGAAAGUUUUGCCGCGUAGUGGCCACCACGUCUACUAGCGGGGGUUGAAGGAGGGGCAAGGGCUGCUGCUCCUUAACGGCAGUAUUUAUCGCGCUUUCGGAGCAACCGCCUAGCCACCUUCCCCCCGGUGGGAAGAGUUCCCGGCGAUAAAGAACUGCCUUUGCUGGGCUUCUGCAGCCGGAACUUGAACAGCCGGAUUGUAUUUUUCAGCAUCUGGCUAUAGCCGCAAUAAUAUAGCCGCGCGAGGUGAGGAAGGAAUUUUGAGGGAGAACAUGUGGGUGCAGGGGGGAUGGGGAUGUAUGCACCCUACCAGUGCACAGGGCGGAAGGCCAACGGAGGGGCUCUUAACGUUUCUGUCGUAUCUGCGGCGCUAGUCACGGCUCAAUGACUGUGGGGCAGAGCUUAUGUUGGGUGAUGUGUCCGAACACGAACGCGCAUUGGUUGGCGGUUGGGCAAUUUGUAAUGCGGGGGCUUUUACAGGCUCCAC